CUGCCGGAAGUGACUUUGACUUGUGCUACAGUGUGUCUUUCCCUUAUUGAUGCUCACGUGUAUGCAGUACAGUGACCCUGACAGGAACCGCACUCCUCCACGUUGAAACCACAAGGUGCAAACCAAGCCGAGGUUGGCAGAAUCUCCAGACAAUGGUAGAAGAACAAGAAUGAUCCAGGCACUUAGAGACAUUGAAUAUUCAAAGUAAAGCACAUGAAAUAAAUCGCAGAUGAUGUUCCGCAGGCCAACAGUAGAGCUGUUCCGGCAGCUUGUAAGACAUUCAUCAGUUGACUCUUCAUCCAUGGUUUUGGAAAGAUCUUUGAACAGGGUGCAGCUUCUUGGUCGAGUGGGGCAGGACCCAGUCAUGAGGCAAGCAGAAGGGAAGAAUCCUGUGACCAUUUUCUCUCUAGCAACCAAUGAGCUGUGGCGGUCAGGAGAGAGUGAGGUGUUCCAAACAGCUGGAGACAUUAACCAGAAGACCACAUGGCAUAGAAUAUCAAUUUUCCGGCCAGGCCUCCGGGAUGUGGCUUAUCAGAACGUCAAGAAAGGCGCACGUAUAUACGUAGAAGGAAAAAUUGACUAUGGCGAAUACACAGACAAGAAUAAUGUUCGGAGACAAGCGACCACCAUUAUUGCAGAUAAUAUCAUUUUCCUCAGUGACCACAGAGACAAAUUAUGAUGACCUUGUAUUUGAUUUCUCUACUUCCUUUGUAUUCAAUACCUCCCUUCCCAAGUAUUAUGUCCAAUUACUAGCAUUGUUUUCUUCUUUAGAGAAAUAAACGAUAAUCUUUUCUAUAGCAU